CCUGUUCUCACCAAGAUGGAGGGCGUCACCGAGUUCACAGAGUACAUCUCUGAGACGGUUGACGUCCCUUCACCCUUUGACCUCCUGGAGCCUCCCACCUCGGGAGGCUUCCUGAAACUGUCCAAGCCAUGUUGCUACAUCUUUCCUGGCGGACGAGGAGACUCUGCUCUCUUUGCUGUGAAUGGCUUCAACAUCUUAGUGGACGGAGGUUCUGAACGGAAAUCCUGCUUCUGGAAGCUUGUCCGUCACUUGGACCGCAUCGACUCGAUUCUACUUACACACAUCGGCGCAGACAAUCUCCCAGGUAUCAAUGGGCUUCUUCAGAGGAAGAUAGCAGAACAAGAUGAGGAGCAGUCUCAAGGCUCCACCAACUACAGCGACUGGAUGAAGAACCUGAUCUCCCCUGAACUAGGUGUGGUCUUCUUCAAUGUACCAGAGAAGCUCCGUAUGCCAGAAUCUAAUCUCAAAGUGAAACGCAGCAUUGAAGAGGCCUCGCUAACUCUGCAGUACCUCAACAAGCUAGGAAUCAAACCAGAGCCUCUCUUUCGAGUGGUCAGCAACACUAUUGAGCCCAUUACUCUGUUCCACAAGAUGGGAGUAGGCAGGUUAGACAUGUAUAUUCUCAACCCUGUAAAAGACAGUAAAGAGAUGCAGUUUUUAAUGCAGAAGUGGGCCGGAAACAGCAAGGCCAAAACUGGCAUUGUGCUGCCCAACGGGAAAGAAGGAGAAAUAUCUGUGCCGUACCUGACAUCAGUUACAGCCUUAGUCGUCUGGCUUCCUGCCAACCCUGCAGAGAAGAUCGUCAGAGUGCUGUUUCCUGGGAAUGCACCACAAAACAAGAUCCUGGAGGGGCUAGAAAAAUUAAAGCACCUUGACUUCUUACGAUAUCCUGUAGCCACACAAAAGGACAUAGCCUCGGGAGCUCCUCCCUCUGUUAUAAAACAAACCAAGUUAAAACAAAGAACAGAUAGCAAAGAGAGUCUGAAGUCCUCCCCGAAGACCACUGCAAAGGCAACAAAGAAGGAAACUGAAGGACAAGAUGAUGUGUCAGCUGCCACAGAGGCAAAGAGCGACUCUGUGAAGGAAAAUAUAUCUGAGAAAAAAGAGGAGAAAAAGCCUACCAAGACAAUAAAAUCUAAAACUGAUGUGCCAGAAAAGAAAAAGCUUUUGAAAGAAAAAUCCUUAAAAAAGCACUCCAAGGAAAGGGUCUCAAAAAUGGACGAGAAAAAAGACAAGGAAAAGAAGGAGAUCAAGAAAGUAAAGAAAGACGACUCUGCUAAAAAGGAUGAGAAGAAAGAUGUUAAAUCCAAAGAGGACAAAAAGAAGGACGCGUCGAAACCCGAGCUGAGAAAAAUGACAAAGCCUGACCUAAAACCACUUACACCAGAGGUCAGGAAGACAUUGCAUAAAGCUAAAGUGUCAAGUAAAUCCAAAACUGGAAAAAUCAAAGCAGCAAAGGCUGAACCCAAACCAGAGGAGCCAAAACCUGAAACUAUUCAACCUGAACCGAUAGAGAAUGGAGCUGUCGAGGGCACGUCCGCUCCCUCCACACCUGAGGACCUCACCAAGGAUUUUGAAGAACUGAAAGAAGCUGAGGUUGUAGCUGUAUCAGCAGAACCACCGGACAGUACUGAAGUUUCAUUUGAGCCAACAGCACAAGAAACUUCAUCUGAUAUUCCAGCAGGCACAAAGUCUCCUAAAAAGGAGGUCACAGCCCCAGAACUGAAAGCUGAAGUUGAAGACAAAGACGAGGAAAUGACACAAGAAAAAGAACUAGAAGAGGCCCAGAAGUUUGAGGAUGAGGGAGCAGCAACUCAGGAUGAGGAAGAGGAAGAGGAGGAAGAAGAACCCCCAGCUGCUAAAAAGAAAGCAGAAGAGGAGGAGGAGGAGGAAGAUAUGGGAAUAGGUGAAGAGGAAGAUGAAUCAAAAUGGAAGGAGGCAAAGGACGAUGGGCUUGACAGAAAACAUGAGAUUGAAGAAAUGGAGAAGUCAGAAAAUCUCUCAGCUAAAGUUGUGGCAAAAGAGGAGGUACAAAUGACUCCAUCCAAGGAGGAGCAAGAGGAAGAAGAGGAGGAGGAGGAGGCAGUGGAGAAAGCCGAACUAGAGGAGGUGGAAGAUUUAGAUGUAAUAGCAGAUGAAGAGAUUAAGGUCAAACCUGAAGAUGCUGUUGAAGAGCAAAUGGUCACUGACAGCAAAACUGCUGAAAUCUUGACUACAGCAAAAUACGAGGAAGAGGAGGAGGAGGAAGGUUACUUGUCACAUGUCGGAGGGGCCACAGCUCCCAUAACCUCAGUAGCUCAAGGGGCGGCUGCAGCUGAACCCAUCUCCUACAUCCAAGACGAAACCAUCCCUGGCUACUCUGAGACAGAACAAACCAUCUCUGAUGAGGAGAUCCAUGAAGAAGCAGAGGAGAGGAUACCACACCUUCAGUAUGACGUUGGUGCGUAUGACAUCUCCGUUCCGGAUCAGACCGAAUCUUUUGUCAACAUUCACGGCAUGAGGGAGAUGCAAGCUGCAGCCAUGACUGAGAAAGGGUUUAUCCCAGCUAUGCAGGAGCAAGUGUCUGUCUUCACCAACAUCAUCACUGCUCCUCUGGCAGAAGAGGAGCAUGUGUCUUCUGCAACGUCCAUCACAGAGUAUGACAAGAUGUCCUCCUUCCCUACUUCUAUUGCUGAGGAUCAGUCUGUGGCAUCUGUCACAGCAGCUCAGGCAGAGGAACCACCCAAAACCCCUGUUCCCCUGUCAGUCUCACCUGAUGCGAUACAAGGCAAAGAGCAGCUGCCCUCUACGGGAACUCUCUCACCGCCUUCUUUAGAAGAUGACAAGCAAGCCAAAUCUCCAACUGAUGACAUGCAGCUUCCUGUUGCAGAAGUGAAGACAGCGGCUAAAGCUCCUGAUGCUCACGAUGCAGAGGAGGAGGAAGAAGAAGAAGAGGAGGAAGAAGAUCAAACUCCUAAUGUUGACAUUUCACUUGAAAAACUCCAAGAGAGCUAUGCUUCAUCCCAAAUAUUACAGAGUAAAGAGAGAGACAUCGAAACUCUUGCUGGCUCAGUGUCUCCUGUUUCCACGUCUGGACAAGACACCAAACCAGAACACCUGCCAGUUGAAGAGGAAAAUAUAGAUGCAGUUGCACCUAAAGAGGUUUCAUCUGUUGUGCCUACCAGACCUUUUGGUUCAGACUCAGUAACUUCAGAGAGUGAGGAGCGCUGCUUCAGUCCGGAUGAUGUCACUGUGAAAAUGGCCUCCCCUCCACAGUCUGGACCCUCCAGUGCAGCUCACUCUCCAAUUCGUCAGUCACCAGUGGAAGACAAGGUGAAGGUUUUCCCUGAUGUGGAAUUGCAAAAGCAAGAGGAGCUCCCCCAUGAAGUCACUGAAACUGAAGACAAAGCUGAAAAGAAAGACGAGCCAGAAACUGAGACACAAAAAGAUGCUGACAAACAGGAAGCAGAUCAGCAUGAAGCAGAAGUUGCAACAUCUCUGGAUAAAACAUUUGAAAAGGACAUAAAAGAGCUUCCACUGAUGAAAGAGCCAGAAAAAGACACUUCAGCAGUGCCAAAGGAUGAAGGAAAACAGGCAGAAACUGUCCCUGUUGUUGCUGCAUCUUUAACAGAAGUUCAGCCACCCACGUUAGGGAGGGAUUCCCUCAUCCCAUCUGGACAACGAGAGGAAGACGGUGACGUUGGGCUCAAAGACAAAGAACCUAAAGUGCCUGUUGCAGGUAAAUUUCCAGAGAGGGAGAGUCGUUUCUUAGAUGAUGAUGACGAGAGCAAGAAAGAUGAUGAUGAUCAUGAUGAUAAAUCUGCAGUUAAAACCGUCAAGGCGGAACAGGAGAAAGAAAAAGACGACACCUCUGAUGUCAAAAUAAUCAAAGAUGAACAGAAACAGAAAUCUGUCAUCGAAGAAGACGUUUCUGCCAUUAAGUCCAUCACGGAUGAGAAAACAGAAAAAGAGGCAGUAAAGGAUGAUACUUCUGAUAUUAAACCUGUCAAAGAAGAGCAAAUUGCAAAGGACACUGUCACUGUUGAUAGAGCCAUUAAAGAUGAACAGAAAGAGCCUGAAAAAGACCAUGCUCCUGAAGUCAAAACCACUAAAGAAGCAGAGAUAGAAAUUGUUGCUUCUGAGGCCAAACAAAUCAAAGACGAGCAGAAGCAGAAAGAUACAAAACAAGAUGAUGAGUUUGACCUUAAAACCAAAGGUGAGGUCAAAGAGAUGGAGGUUGGGAAGGAUGACGUGUCCGAUGUUGAGACUUUGAAAGAGGAGGAGAAGAAAGAGACAGAAAAGGUUGAUGUAUUUGAUAUUAGCUCUGUAAAGACUGAAGAGAAAGACAUCGAAAAGGUCCUUGCCACUGAUAUCAAACCUGUUAAAGACGAGAUGGAGAAAGAGGCAAAGACGGAUAUGCCCAUUACUGAACCUUCUAAAAGUGAGGAGAAGAAAAAGGAGACAGAAACACCUGACAUCAAAGUGAUCGAAGAUCAGAAAGAGGAGAAAGAGAUGGAAAAGGUAGAUAUUUCUACUAUCAAACCCAUUACAGAUGAGCAGCAAGAAAGGGAGAAAGAGAUGGGUGACAUCACUGUUUCUAAACUCACCAAAGAAGAAGAAGAAAUUACUGGCAAGGAUGACACAUCUGCUGUAACCAUGAAAGAAGACAAAGGGCAAGAGAUUUGUAAAGAUGCCGUCUCAACCACAGGCCUCACCAAGGUGGAGGAAAAGGAUGUAACAGUGAGUAAGGAUGAGAUUCCUGCUGCCAAGCCAACCCCAGAACAAGAAAAGGAGAAAGAGACAAGUAAAGAUGAUAUCUCAGACACUGCUUCUAUACAACUUACCAAAGAAGAAGAAAAAGAUAAACUGCCAAGUAAGGAAGAUACUUCUGCUGUUAAACCAACAGCCAGAGAAGAAAAGGAACAAGAGGAAAGUAAAGAUGAUACUGCUGGUAUCAAAAUUACCAAGAUGGAGGAAGAGCAUGCAAUAGUAUGUAAAGAUGAUGAUUUCUCUGCCACACCAGCUAAGGUAGAAGCAAAAGACACACUCAAAGAUGCAGUCAAACCUGACAUGGAAGGAGAAAAGGAGCAAGAGGCAAGUAAAGAUAAGGAUGCCCCUUCUGCCAUCAAACCUGCUAAGAUGGAGGAAGAAGAUGUUGUAAUUCCCACUGUCAAAGCAUCGAAGGACGAAACAAGCACAAAGGUUGACAUUUUUGUUGCUAAACCUACCACACAAAACGAAAAAGAGAAAGAUAUCAGUAAAGAUACCUGUGCUGACAAAUCAACAGAAGAAAAGGAGACAGCAGUGGAAAAGGAGGAAGCCUUCACUGUCAAACCAUCUGAGGAAGAAGUGACAAUCCAGGAUCACAGUGCUGAUAUCAAACCUGUAAAGGAGGAAAAAGACACAGUAACAAUUAAGGAAGAAAUGUUUGAUAUCAAAUCUGCCAAGGAGGAGGAAAGCAAAGACACUGCUGGUGUAAAACCCAUCACAGAUGAGGACGAGAAGAUAGAGUUGAAAGACCUUACACCUGAUGUAAAACUCAUCAAGGAGGAGGCAAAAGAGGACACAUGUGAUACAGAGUUUAAGGUCAAAGAAGAGGAACUGGAAAAAGAGAAAGAAAAGACAGAUAUUUCUGAUUUUGGAUCCAUUAAAGAGCCAGAGGAGAAGGACACUGUAGACACUUCUGUCAAAACGGCAAAGGAUGACAAAGAGGUGGAAAAAGUUGACAUUUCUGACAAACAAAUAAUAACAGAGGAGGCUAAAGAUCAGGAAAAGGGUGACAUCUCUGACCAUAAACCCAUUUUGGAGGAACUUAAGUAUAAAGAAACUGAAAAGGAUGACACCAAGAAAGAGAAAGAAACUGAUGCCACUGUUGAGGAAUCCAAGGAUGCCAAAGAGACAAAGACAUCUAAAGUUGAAGCCAUCAAGGAGGAAAUAAAAGAUGCACUCAAACAGGACAGUUAUGAAGCUGAAUCCAUCAAACAGGAGACAUUUAGCACCAAAGAUGAGAAAAAAGACAAACAUGAUUAUCCUUUUGAGUCUGAACCCCAGAUGGAUGAUAAAAAAGAGGUAGAUCUUCCUGUGGUUCACACCUUGGAGGAAGAGAAGACUAAAAAGGAUGACAUUUGUGACAUUAGUGAUAAGCAUAUAUAUGAAGAAACCUCUGCUAUGCCUCCUGGAGCUCAGACAGAAAAGGACACUUUUGGUGCUGCAUCAACAGAAAUGCAGCAAGACUCUUCUGUAACAGAAUCUACUGAAGACCUGAAACCAGCAAAAGAUGACAUUCGUGUGUCUCCCCACCACAUCCAGGAGGAGAAAAAAGAACAAGAUGAAGAAGCAAAGGUUAGUCAAGAGAAGAUGGAGAAAGAAAAAGAUGACGCACAUGUUGCUGAACUGAGCAAAGAACAGAAAAUGGAAAAAGAGCAAGAAAAAGAAUACAGCUAUGAGACUGAAGACAUCAAAGAUGAAAAGACCAAACCAGCAGAGGAUGAAAAGAUGGUUAAAGACAAAGAUGCUGCUGAGAUCACAGAGAAAGAAAAGUAUGACUCCUCUGAUGCAGACCACACCAAAGAGGAGAAGUGGGAGAGAGAGGAAUUACAGGAGAAAGACCAGGACAAAACCAUUAGACAACCUGCACAGACAAUAUUAGGAGAAGCAGUGGCAUCUAUUUCAGAUUUCAAGCCUGCAUUUGUGGUUCAGUCCUCUGAUGAAGACAGAGAAGAUGAAGAGGAGGAGGACAUCUGUAUGGGAGGAGCAGGCUCCAGACCUUUGUCAGUGGAUCCGCGAAAAUCAGACCAUGACAUCUCCUCUGCAGGUCUGCCUUUAUCUGAAACUGCAGAGACAAGUGACCAAACUAAACCACGAACAUCAGAACAGACCACAGUGGUCAUUCCUACACUUACAAUGCAGGAACCCUCUAUUGACGAGGACAUCAAAGAGUCUGGCAAAGAAGAAUCCAGACUUUCACCUGAAGAGGACAAAGAUGUGAAAACAGAAACCACGUCUGCACCUCUUGCCAAGCCAGAGCCCUUCUUUGAUAUUGUCACAUCAAAAGAGGAGGCAACCUCUAUUCCAAAACAAGAACCGGCUUCUGAUAUCUCAGCUGCUAAACCAGAACCAGUGUCAGACUCAACUGAAAAAAAGCCUGUGCUGUCAACAGUAUCAAGCACAGACAGUCAACACAGGAGCUGUACACUUUCCAGCACUGAGAGCCAGUCCAGUAUGGAGGAAACACUACAACAAGAGAAACAGAUACCCUCUCAGACAAGCCCAGGAGGUAGUGCUACAGAAAAGACAAAGCCAGAUGAGAAACCAGGCAAGGAAGCAGAAAGGGAGAUGGAAGGAGAACGAGAGGUGGCUUCUCCAGGAUUUUCACGGCCUUGUACAUAUUUUAUGUUGGACAAAGAUUCUGAGGACACUGGACACACCGAUGCUGUAAAAUCAGACGCUGCAAAAAUGGAGGUUAGUGAAAAAAUGGUCUCAGAGAAGGAGACGGUCAGUGGAAGCUUACAAGAUGAAAAACAAACCUUUGGUGCAUCUAAGUAUGACCCAUACGAAAAACCCAUCCCAAAAGAUCAUGACUUGGACUCUAGAGAAGAAAGUGAGGUUUCUUUAGUUUUUGAUCACAUCUCUGAUAUCGGUAUUGACGAUAACAGAAGAACAAGCCAGACGGAGGCUGGAGGAGCCAUGUUCCUCCUUGACGAUCAAUACAAAGAAGAGCCCUUGUCCUUCAGCAGAGUUGACUACAGCCCGGUGUCCCUCACAGAGAGUGAAAGAAGCAGCCACCACAGUCGAAGUGCCUCCCCUAAAUAUGAAGACAGAGAGAAAGGCCAAGAGGAGGAGAGUGAGAGAGAAGAAAGACCAGAUACACCUUACGUUGACAAGAGCUUUUCAUCCAUAGACAUGCAAGACAACAAAAUGUCCCAAGCUGCAGAGUCUUAUUCUUUCACUCCCAAAGAGGACAAACCGGAGAAGUCGGAGAAAGAGAAAGAAGAUAUGAAGGAAGGGGCUGCAGCUGCUCUUCAACCAGGGGCAACAGGAGAAAGUGAUCAAGUUUCCACCAGCACUGCCAUUCAAUCAGCAGGCGUAUCAUUAAGACAAGAGACACCCUCUCCCUCGUGGAGCUCAGAUCAAGCUUCACCUACUCCUGUAAUGUUUGGAGAAUUCACAGAGAAGAAACCAUCAGAAAAAGAGAAGGAAAAAUCUGCUGAGUCACUGAAAGACAAAAUGGAGUCCUCUGAUCAUGAAAGAGAGGGCUCUCCAUCUGGUCGGCACUCACCUGCAGAAAAAGACAUUUUACCUCAACAAGCAUCACCUCCAGAGAGAGAGGAAACAUCAGCCGACUCAAGGACUGCCCCUGCCACCACGUUUUUAGGUCAUGAAAUAGAUGAUAAUGUUCUUGCCUCUGAUAACAGUCAAAUUAGCAGCUCUGCCACUUGUAAAUCCAUGUUAGACUUUCCUGAAGGAAAAGAGAGCCUGAUAGAUAAAAGGUUACUUGUAGAGGGGGAAGAUUUCAAUGUUGAUGAUGAUGAAGAUGAAGACGAGGAGGAGGAAGAAGAAGAGGAGGAGUUAAGUGAUGUAGAUAUGGAGAAGGGUGCCAGAGAGCAGUCUGAAAAAGAGAUGUGCAGACUCAGUCCUGAUGAAAGUGCAGAGGGAGAGGACUCAAAUAAGAAAUCUCAGAUGCCUGAAUCAAGCUUCCUUAAAGAUGAAACAGUGUGCAAACCAACACCUGGUGAUGCCUCAGCUUCUAAAGUCACAGAGACGGAGCAGGACGUAACUAAAAAACCACCAUCUCCUGACACAAAACCACUCAAAGAAGAGAAUACAACUGCUGAUACAGCUACAUCCAAACCUCCUGAGACAAAGAGUGAAGAUGUAGGAAAAACAACUCCAUCACUAGGUCCAAGUGCUCAUAAAAUUGAUGAAAUUGGUGUUGCUGCACCAGAUGCACCAAAGCUUCCUGAAACAAAGAAGGCAGAGGAUGCAGACAAAAAGGAUUUGUCCCCUGAGCCAACCACAAAGAGAAGGUUGUCAUCAGCAGAGGAUGUAACCUCCUCUGAAAUACUAGAGUCAAAAAAAGGAGACGAAGACAAAGGGACUCUAUCUCCAAGCUUUUUGACAAAGGAAACUUGUCAACCUACGUCCACAAGCAGCUUGACAGGUAGCUCUUUGCCACCUGAUCAUUCAGAGUCCAAGCCUACAUCUAGUCCAUCCCCUUUGCUAACAGCCAGCUAUGCUGAUAUCGGACAGCGCAGAUCUGGAGAUUAUUCUGAGCAUUUUUACCAUGAAGAAAGUCAAGUAGAAAUGAAGGAGGAUAAGAAAGAAACACAUGUGCCCUCAGAUACCUCCCAGCUAUCCAAGCUAAGUGAUAAUAAAUAUUGCAGCCAAAGAGACACCCAAGAAGAAAGUCUAGAUGAGAGGCAGACCUCAGAUAUCACCACAAAACAUGAGGAAACUACCUCAUUAGCGUGCACAUACACCACCUUAACAUAUUCUACUUCAACAUACUCCUCCACAUCGUAUAGUUACUCGUCCUCAGCCUCAAUACCUGCCCCUUUGAGCCAACAAUUCAGAGACAAAGUUGAUACUUUCACAACAAGAUCAAGCUCUGAAGUACCUCUGGUUAAACAGGAGCCAUCCUUUGCGAAAGCGUCUACAAGCACCUGCUUUGGAGGAUUUCAGAGGGAUGAGUAUAUGGAGGUGACAACGAAACCUACAACAAAGGUUUCUUUACUGGGUCAGUUUGAGGAGACCAAACCAUCAUCUCCAGUCUUAUCUACCACUGCCAAACAGACUGAGGAUCAAAUUGGACCUACAAAGCCUGAAACAGACACAAAGUCAAGCACUGAUAGUUUUUAUAUGCUAGAAACAAAGAUUACAACAUCCUCCACAGCACCAUCUCUACAACAUACUGAGCUGGUGAAGGUGUCAGAGGGUUUAUCCACAUCAGAGGCUCACUUUGAUGUCUCUCCUCUCCAAAGGGCUGACUCCUCUGACAAGGGCUCCCAAGGGUCAGCAGAAGACGAGGAGCCUGAUACACUUGAAGUGGAGGACAGUACCCUACCGUGUCGUGUAGAAUGUCAAAAAAUCAAAGUGUCUGAGCAAAAAGAGACUUUUUCAUCAAUAUCUGAGUCAUAUGUGGUAAGUACCACACAUGCCACACAGACAAAGACUGUCACCAUCACCUCUACCACUGUUGUGUCUAAACCUGAAGUGGUGUCGCAAACAACUCAACAGACAGCCUCAGUUACUCCACUGAGUGAUAGUGGAGCUAGCAAAACCUCAUGUGCCAUAACAGAUGUGUCCAAAACAGAAGAGGAUAAAGAGAAAAAGGACAAAACAUCAGAGGAAAAAGAAGAAAAGACCAAUGGAGCUAUUGCACCUGUGAAGGAAGAUGCAAAGGUGGCAGAAAAAGAAGCACAUGAAAAAGAUGAAAAGAAAGAGAUUGAUAAAAAAGACACUGAGGUCAAGGAGAAAACAGAGGAAACGAAACCAGAAGAAAAGACACGUAAAGACAGCACAGAGGAGAAGAAAGCUACAACUGAUCCAAAGAUAUGUGAAAAAGCAGAAGUUGGGACAGGAAAAGAGGCGGAAAGAGUAGAGGAGAAAAGCCUGUUGGACAAGCCUCCAGAGAGAUUAGAAGUUAGAAGGAAGAGCAGUAUAUCUGAUUGGGAACUACUACAGAGGCCUGAUGACUGCCCCAGUGCCCCUCCUCCAGGUUAUGGUGAUGCAGAAGGGGAAGAAGAGGAGGCAAUGGAGGCAAUGGAAUGGAUGGCCAGUGUCCACGGUACCUCAAUGUCCUCUUCAAAGGAUACCUAUCAGAUAGAAUCAUCUAGCAGAGGAGACAUAAAGAGUGAUCGUCCCUGUGACUUGAACACCGGUGCCACCUCCUCGUCCACCUCCCCUCCAGGUUACUCCUCUUGCGAAUAUAAACAUCGCAAAGGAGAACUUUCUCCAUCAUUCAUCAACCCUAGUCCUCAUCAGCUCUCCAGUGACGAGGGUGAGGAGGACGGGCGCAGUGACCACUUCCAGGAUGGGGACGAGGACGAACAGGAGCAGCACUCUGUGAAAAGGAGGUCGCACAAGCAGAGGCACCACCAUGCUCAAAGUUACCGCGGAGAUGCUGGACAGGGGCCACACCAGAUGCCCGGGGCCAUGUCAUCUGGGUUGGCUGUGACAUUAGCUGGAGAGGAAACACCUCCGACAUCAGCGAGCGAAUCAUUGCCAUCACAGUCGGACUCUGACGUCCCUCCAGAAACUGAGGAGUGUCCGUCCAUAACAGCUGAAGGAAAUCUGGACUCAGACGAAGAUGCUGAGCAUCUGCCCGUGGACAAGUUAUCUGCAUCUGGAGCUGGAGGGGGCCACCCUGCAUCACCUAGAUCAUCUCAGAGGACUCAUGACCCUCCCCCUGCCCCGAUGAAGGACCCUCUUCCUCAUCCUCCCCACCCCGAUGCGUGCAUGGUAGAUCCAGAGGCUCUUCUCAAUGACCACAGCAGCACAGAAAAACUUCUCAAGAAAGAGCACAAGACCACCAAGGGUCUCAGAAAGGGCAAGCCCAAGUCAGCCUCCCCUGCUCGUAAGGGAGAAGUCAGGAAGAGGUCCUCUACUCCAGUGAAGAGUAAGGACUCCACCUCACCACGAUCAGCCUCCCUCAGGAGGAAGGACACGGAGAGAAGCUCCAGACUGAUCAAGAUGUCUGAGACUCAAGGCUCCAGGAGUGAGAUCCUCAAUCCUGGGAAAGGCUUGGUCAAUGGUGUGAAGAGCAGUUCAGGUAACAACUCACAGAAAACCAGUUCAGCUGUCCCCCCUGGACCACCUGUCUACGUCGACCUGGCCUAUGUGCCCAACCACUGCAGUGCCAAGAAUGUGGACCAAGAAUUUUUCAAGAGAGUGCGGGCUGCGUACUACGUGGUGAGUGGGAACGACCCAAGCAGCGGAGAGCCCAGCCGUGGAGUCCUGGACGCCCUGCUGGAAGGCAAAGCUCAGUGGGGCUCCAAUUUACAGGUGACUCUGAUCCCGACCCACGACACAGAGGUGACCCGUGAGUGGUACCAGCAGACCCACGAGAGGCAGCAGGACCUGAACAUCAUGGUCCUGGCCUCCAGCAGCACAGUAGUCAUGCAGGAUGAGUCCUUCCCUGCCUGCAAGAUCGAGUUCUGA